AUGGCUCCAGCAACCCCCGUUCCCUUCUCCGAACCGCCCUACCUGUCCGGCCUCCCCUCACCCUACUACACACCAUCCCACCUCGAAUGGCAAAAGAAAUGCCGCGCCUUCAUAACCAAACACCUGACCUCCCAUGCCAUGGAAUGGGAAACCGCCGAAACCGUCCCCGAACACGUUUUCUCCGACUUUUGCGCCGCCAACAUGUUGCUACCCAGUUUACCUGCCCCUCUUCCCGUGGAGAGAUUAAAGAGCUUGGGCAUCCAUGAUAUCCUCGGCUUGCCGGUGGAAGAGUUUGAUUAUUUCCACAAUGCGAUCUAUACGGAUGAAAUGUUGAGGAGUGGAUUGGCGGGCCCGAGUGGCAGUUUGACGACGGGCAUGGCGUUCGGCGUGCCCCCGUUAUACAAGUUUGGAAGCAAAGAGUUGCAGGAUAGGUUUUUGCCUGAUCUUUUGACGGGAAAGAAGAGGGCUUGCAUUGCGAUUACAGAGCCUGAUGCUGGCAGUGACGUUGCCAAUAUCCAGACCACGGCCAUCAAGAGCAAGGAUGGAAAGACGUAUACGAUCAACGGCACCAAGAAGUGGAUUACCAAUGGUAUUUGGAGUGAGUUUUCUUGUAUGGCUGUCAGGACUGGUGGGCCUGGAGCCGGUGGGUUGUCGCUGAUGGUUGUGCCGCUGAAGGGGCAUGAAGGUGUGAGUAUGAGGAGGCUGAAGGUCAGUGGUCAGAUCAGUGCUGGUACAACGUACAUCGAACUGGACGAUGUAGUGGUGCCAGCAGAGAACCUGAUUGGUGAGGAAGGUAUGGGCAUGAAGUACAUCAUGACAAACUUCAACCACGAACGCUUGACCAUCGCCAUUGGAUGUGCAAGACAAGCCAGAGUUGCUCUGAGCGCAGGUAUAUCAUCUCUCCUUCUCAAUAGAAACAACACGAACUUACGCUCAACCANNGCAUUCGAAUACUGCCUCAAACGAGAAGCCUUUGGUAAAUCCCUCAUGGACCAACCCGUCGUCCGACACCGCCUCGCAAAGUGCGGCGCCCAGCUCGAAGCCCAAUGGGCAUGGACAGAAAGCUUCGUCUACGCCAUGGUAAAGCUACCCAAGAAAGACGCCGACGUCGAGCUGGGCGGUUUGACCGCUGCUGCAAAAGCUCAAGCCGGAGUUGUGUUGAUGGAGUGUGCUCAAUGUGCCGUCUUGCUUUUUGGUGGCAAUGGCUUUACGAGAUCUGGACAAGGCGAGAUUGCUGAGAGUAAGUGGAUAUGUCAGGAUUGCAAAGGGAGAGACGCUGACUGUGAGCAGAGANUGUGGAGAGAAGUGCCUGGCAAUCGUAUCCCUGGUGGAAGCGAAGAUGUCUUGUUCGAUCUGUCGAUUAGACAACUGGUCAAGAACUACCAGAACAAGACCAAAAUGCUCGAGAGACCUCGCGGAUCUUCGAAGCUGUAG